AUGGCAGGUCGUUUGAUUCCGAAGUUUACGUUCGUUGAAAUGGUGGAGAGUUCUGGUGCUGGGGACGACAGAGAAGGAUAUGACGGAAUAAUCGGGAUGAGGAGGCCACCGGAAAAUGCUGAAGACUGUGAAUUCUUGAAAACCACGAUUUUGGAUUAUGUUUUGAAUGCCGGCAUUGUGAAUGACGGCAUUUUCACUUUUCGGUUUUGCGGUCAACAUGGCGUGCGCGGUGAUUCUUGGUUUGUUCACGGAAAUCUGGAAUUCGGAGGCACCCGGAACGAUUAUUUUUAUCCGCCAAUCGUGAGUUUGCCGCUACACCAAGGAACUCAGUGGGUAGUCGACAUCACUAGCAUAGAGUAUGGUGAUGUGGUGCUUUGCAGGCUGUGCCGCGUACAUGUGGAUACUGGAUCUCCGGAUACGUUUGCACCAGCCGAGUCGUCGAACAAACUUUUACAAAACUCAGUUGUAGAAAAACAUGACGAUGGGAUGUUCCAUGUUCUGCCACAUAAUCUGCAUCAUCUUCAUCCACUGAAAAUAAAACUGGGCUCUCGAGUGUUCACGCUGCUACCGAAAGAACUUACAAGAUUCGUAAAUAAGUUGGCAUAUUUCCUGAAAUUUUUUCUCCACUUCAGCAUAGAGUAUGGUGAUGUGGUGCUUUGCAGGCUGUGCCGCGUACAUGUGGAUACUGGAUCUCCGGAUACGUUUGCACCAGCCGAGUCGUCGAACAAACUUUUACAAAACUCAGUUGUAGAAAAACAUGACGAUGGGAUGUUCCAUGUUCUGCCACAUAAUCUGCAUCAUCUUCAUCCACUGAAAAUAAAACUGGGCUCUCGAGUGUUCACGCUGCUACCGAAAGAACUUACAAGAUUCAGUGUUGGAUUUCACCAUUUUGCAAUUCAAAUGGAAGCAAAAGCCGCUGAGACGACCUGGACACUCGGGGUGUCCAUUUUGCGACAUUUUUACUUGAUGUUUGACCAACAAAGCAACCAAAUGGGGUUUGCUGCAGUAAAAUGCUGA